AUGAGUUCUCCUAAGGGAUCAGAUGGUGAGUACGAAGAAGCCGAUUUUAUUAAAAACCCUGGUGUAGGAGUUCGCUGGAUUUACGCCCGCCGAAUAGACGAGCUCAACUCCCUUUCCGAUGAGUUCGGAUUCAAAGCUGAUGGUACCGUCGAAGAGACCAGGAAAGCGUUCGCUAACCUGGUCAACUCAGGAUCCUUUCCACAACGGGUGUGGAAUCGACUAGCCGAGUUGCAGGAACUGUAUAGCAGUCGGGCCCCGAGUCCUGUCCCAUCAUGGAAGAAGGACGAGACCGACCAAUUCACGGAGUCCCUCCGAGUCCCGAUCGUUCCCGACCCUGCGCCGGUUGAGAUCCCCGGCCGUCACCGAGGGGUACACCCCGGAACAUCACAAGGCCUCUGGGAGCCGCCGACAGAUCCCCGCGUGGUCCCGAAUCCACAGGGACGGGAUGCCCGAAGUAAUACGACUUCCGCCCAGCAUUUGCUUCCCGAGAAGAUCCAUAAGUGGAACCUGCGGUUCGACGGCAGCGCAGACCCGUUGGCGCUCAUAGCCGCACUCGAGGAAAAGAUGACGACGUACAGGAUAAACCCGGAAGAGAUUCCUCGGGCUUUGUCCGAAAUUCUUGAGGGCCCGGCGGCACAGUGGUUUCGCACUUGCUAUCUACACUCCGCCUCUUGGAGAACUUUCCGGAAGGAAUUCCUAGAUUUGUUCCUACCCCCGCGAUACUUCGAAAGUUUGGUGGACGAGAUACGGACGCGCGUGCAGAUGAAAGGAGAGUCUUUCAAAACAUACUUGAUCGAGCUCAUGACGAAGAUGCAACAGGCUGGAUACCGAGAAGGGGAGGAGUUAUACCGAGCGUAUGAAAACAUGGCCCCAGAGUAUCGACUGUAUAUCAAGCGCAGCGAGUUCAUGACGCUGAAACAGUUAACCUGCAUGGCUACCGAGUACGAGAGUGUCAAACAACUCGAGUCGACCCGAAAUAGAACCCCGGGAGCGACGACCGAAAGCGACGAGGGAUCGCAAAUUCGACGGCCGCCCAAUCCCUUCCGGGACUCGGAACCUACCACACCGACGGGACACGCGACUCACCGAAUGAUCGGCCAGGGGAUACACGGUGGGCUCAUCACGGCUACAAUAAAGGUCGGAGGAAAAUGGGUCGACGCCACCGUCGACACGGUGGCGUCGAGGAGUUUCGCCAGCGAAAGCUUUACCAACCUGGCCGCCAGUGCAGGUGAGGUUCGGGAUGUCGUCACUAGAAUAGCGUUGGCCGAUCGGUCAUGUCUGGACGUGACGAAGUUAUGGCGAACCCCGGUCACGCUGGCGGGAACUACAGUGCUCUUGCCCAUGUUGGUGAUGCCCACCAUGUUGGAUCGGGUGAUACUUGGGAUGGACUUCCUCAAGACAGCAGGAACACGUGUGCAUUGCGGGGAGGCCACCCUUGAACUGCAGCCGGAACCCCAAGUAGCAGGAGACCCGUUGUUAACCCCGGUGCUCAUGCCCUGGAGGGACAAACGAAGGGAAGCGGUAUACCCGGGCGAGUCUAGAGUCCAGUUGGGUACUGCCAGUCAAGGAGAAGUGGAGGUUCUCGGCCCCGCGCCGAAACGGGCCGCGACCGCACCAAACGAGGUCGAGGUAUCUGCCGGGACGGAGGCAAAGCAACACGACGAGGAACAACAGAUUACGCCUUUGAGUCCGAGGCAAAAGGGCUUUAUCGACCGAGAGGUAGCGUUGUUCGAGAUCCUACAAGGAGUUUCCCACGUCGCUGAACAUCGUAUCGUCAUGCGCGACGAUAAACCGCUGAAGCUGAGGAGCCCACACAGCGCGCCGAUCGUGCUGGUGAAGAAGAAGGCAGGCGAUUGGCGCAUGUGUAUCGACUAUCGACAGUUGAUCGCGCACUCAGUGCCCGACGCCUACGCCGUCCCGAGGAUCAAUCACAUCCUGGAGAAGUUACGUCACGCCCGGUACAUUUUCACGUUAGAUUUGAAAAACGGCUAUUGGCAAAUCCCCAUGGCGCGAGAUAGUCGCCAAUACACGGCCUUCACGGUCCCGGGCAGGGGAUUAUACCAGUGGAAGGUAAUGCCCUUUGGACUGCACUCUGCCGGUGCCACGUUCCAACGGGCGCUCGAUAGCGUCGUCGGGGCGGAGAUGGAGCCAGUAGCGUUCGCUUAUUUGGAUGACAUCAUCGUCAUCAGUGCCACGGAGGAACAACACUUCGCUAAUCUCGCCGAGGUUUUCCGUAGACUGCGGGCGGCCAAUUUGAGAAUAAAUCCCAAGAAAUGUACGUUUUUCCAGCAAAGACUAGUUUACCUUGGGCAUGUGAUCAGCGGCGAGGGGGUCCAGACGGAUCCAGAGAAGCCAGUCAGCGCGCUGCUGAAGAAAGGUCGGAAGUGGUCGUGGGGACCGGAACAGCAAGCUGCCUUGGAAGAAAUAAGAAGAUGCCUGACUACCGCCCCCGUGUUGGGUUGUCCGGAUUUCGACCAGAGGUUCAUUUUGCAGACCGACGCGAGUGACGUCGGCCUGGAAGCGGUGUUGUCGCAGGGCCAAGAGAAGGUUAUCGCGUACGCCAGCCACCGACUGACUCCUACGGAACAGAAUUACACAACGACCGAGAAAGAGUGUCUGGCCAUCAUCUGGGCUAUCAGAAAGAUGCGGUGUUACCUGGAGGGCUACCGAUUCGAGGUCGUUACCGACCAUUUGGCUCUCAAGUGGCUAAAUUCUAUCGAGAGUCCUUCCGGCCGAAUAGCGCGCUGGGCAUUGUAA